GGUUCGCCUGUCAAAUAGCAGCGAGCGAGUCGCACACCCCUAUAAUAAUGUGGCACAUUGAAAGACAGGCAGUCAGACAGUAGGUACAUUUUCUUGCUCACGAUAGAAGGGGAGUUGUUUGAUUGUUCUGCUCGAAUAGGAAUUUAAACCCUCCCUAUCAACUGAUUUAAAGAGACGUUUUGACAUUUGUCAUUGCUUAGCAUUAAUUUCUGAAAGAAAAUGGCGGAUGUAGAGACUGGUGGUGCUGCACCGGAGAAGAGCCUGGAUGAUUUCUUUGCCAAGAGGGAUAAAAAAAAGAAGAAAGAAAAGGGAGGCAAGGGAAAGGAAGUCCCAUCUGGGCCCACACCAAUUGUAUUGAAAAAGAACAAGAAAGAAAAGGAGAAGUUCGGCACGAAAAAUGAAAAUCAAGAUGCGCAGCCGGAGAAGGACGACGAGGAGUGGAAGGAGUUUGAGGCAAAGGAGGUGGACUACAGUGGACUCAGACUGCAGGCUCUGCAGAUAAGUGAUGAGAAGGAGGAAGAUGAGUAUGAGGAGGAGGUCGGUGAGGAUGGAGAGAUCAUCCUGKUCAGUGGAGACAAAAUGUCUGGACCCUGGAACAAAUCUGGUGCCCCGCCCCCAGCCGCUGCCCCUGUUGAGGUGGAAGAGGUGCCUGAGUCCAAGCCUUCUGGGGUGUACCGCCCCCCAGGGGCCCGACUGACUACCACAAAGCGUGGCCACAACCAGGGGCCCCCUGAGAUMUUCAGCGACACACAGUUCCCCUCACUCAUGGCCGGCUCCAAACAUGUGGAGACACGCAGGGACAGAGAGCUGGAGAAGACCUUUGAGGUUGUGAAGCACAAAAACCGUGGCCGAGAGGAGGGUGGCAGUGGCGCUUCCCUGCAGCAGUUGGAGCUUGGUAAUCAGUACGCCAUCCUAGGGGACAAGUAGUGCCCUGCACAGCCAGCGUGGUCUUACCCAGCUGCCAGAGGGAGCUGAACUACAGCUGUGUACCUAACUACAGUGCAGUCCUGACAACAAACACUGGUGUUGCUGCCACCACCACACUGGACCUUCUCUCCUUCUCACACACCACAGUACAAUACAUACAGUAUACAUACAAACACCUCACACAGUCAACCAUAUACACUGACACACACUUUACAUCUACACAGACACUCCCACUAUGUCAAUACAUUCACGUGUAUAUACAGUACUUACACAAAGCACCUGGUUGGCAAAACUGAAGGACUACAUCCAAAAAGGGCUGUGGCAACGGGGAUCAACUGAAACAAAUAUMAAAUCUAUAUGAUACACCCAUAUGACACUGCAGCAGCAACAACAACAGCAAAGGCAACUUUAGGUUGUCUUUUGUGGAUUGUAGUCAGAGCAGCAGCUGUAUGGUACAACUUCUCUCUGGACUUCAACUUUCUUUGAUAAAGCCACAGAGGAUCAAAGAAGACACAAAAUUGGGCAAGAUGAAUUUAUGGACUGUUGAGAAUGGAUAUAUUUUUUGUGAGAUGGUUAUAACCUGAACUGCACAUGGUUUGUAAUUGUUGGGGUGAGUUAUGGUUUGGGCACACGAGCGGAGACUCGGUCGCGUGACUGGUGACCAUGUUGAGCGGGGACUUUGCUCUUAUUGGUGGUGAGUGGGGCAAACACCAGCCCUGCAGAAGAGAGAACCACCUUAAACUUUGUUUUCCUCAAAAAAGGGACUCCUACAAAGAUCUGUGAACACGGGAGAGAAGUUAUGGUCCUCAUUCAGAAUUACUAUUUAAAAGUGGCCUUAGUGUAAAGAGAGAAACUGCCUCGUCCUCUGGAGAGAAACUUGCUGGUUGUCUCAUGGGCUGUUGCCUGCCUCCUGGAUCGCACCACUUAAAAGGAAACCAACCUCCCAAGUUAAAUGUAGUGCUGAGUUGUAGUUUGUCAGAUUACACCGACUGUCCUUCAUAUCCACUGUUAGACUUGCUCACCCUUUUUUUUUGAUUAUUAACAUUGGCAAACCAUUAUUUAAGCUCUUUUCUAAUCUGAAGUCAUUACUUUGGUAGAUGACUUUUUUUAAAGCAUUCUGAGGA